CCUAUGCAAUUUUAGUUGACGAAGUCAGAGAGAGAGAAAAAAAAAAACAUCAGAGGUCUGCAACGAUGGCAAACCCUAUAGUCUUCUUCGAGAUGGCGAUCGGAGGCAACGGCGUGGGCCGAAUCGUGAUGGAGCUCUACGCCGACACAACUCCUCGCACUGCUGAGAACUUCCGAGCUCUCUGCACCGGCGAGAAGGGCGUUGGCAAGAGCGGCAAGCCUUUGCACUUCAAGGGAUCGUGCUUUCACCGUGUGAUCCCCGGAUUCAUGUGCCAGGGCGGCGAUUUCACUGCCGGAAACGGUACCGGCGGCGAAUCGAUCUAUGGAGCUAAGUUCGCCGAUGAGAACUUCAUCAGGAAGCAUACUGGUCCUGGAGUGCUUUCCAUGGCAAACGCUGGUCCUGGAACUAAUGGAUCUCAGUUCUUCAUCUGUACUGCGAAGACUGAGUGGCUUGAUGGAAAGCAUGUUGUGUUUGGGAGAAUUGUGGAGGGAAUGGAUGUUGUGAAGGCGAUCGAGAAGGUCGGAUCGAGCUCUGGAAGGACCUCGAAGACCGUUACGAUCGCUGAUUGCGGUCAGAUUUCUUAAAAACUGGAACUCAAAUCUGUGAUCUGAUCUGAUCUGAUCUGAUCAGAUCGAUUUGAGGAGUGUUUAUCUAUCUAGGGUUUCUGGUUUGGAAAUUUACGCUUUUGUCUUGUGUGCUGGUUCAAUGGAGGCUUUUUUAUGUAGUUUUAAACAAAGUGCUCCUCUUAAAAUAAGAAAGGUUUACUUCGUCUUCUACAUCGAUAUUUUGAUUCUAUAGUUAUUCGUCUUCGAAUUGAGUUCUGUGAAUGUGAUCGUUUGGUUC